CUCAAGGCAAGUUGGCAUUGAAGCCCCUCCAGAUCUGCAAUUCAUGCUCGAAAAUCCCAUUCAAGCUCAAAAGACCAAAAUGGAGUAACCUUUCUACGAAUGGCAUCAGCAUGGUGAGCUGGCCCUGGUUGGAGACCCGUUCAAUACCACACAGCUCAGGGGUCCUGCUGUCUGAAGGAAGUUCCUGACAGACCAUUUCCAUGAAUUGGAUGGAAUCGGGAUUGGUAGAGCCUAUGGGACUGUAUACAAAUGGCUUAAAAAUUCCACCUCUCCACCCUCCAGCAUACAUCAAGUAUGAAUUUCCCACAGUACCAAAUUCAGUAUUCAGAAAAAUUGCUGGAAAAGACAACCUGUUAUUUUAAAAUCAGCAUUGGGGACUUCCUACUGUGUGCAUGCAAAGUUAUAGCAGAAACACUGGAAAGAGCAACUCAGCUGGAGGUAGGUCCAUAUCAAGCAUCAAAUGCCAAGCAGUCACUCCAGAAACAGUUGCGGGGAGCAUGGAAACAACAUACUUUUCAGGCUUCUGAAAGAAGGAGUGUUCUUUAUACGUGAUACUGAAAUGUGCUGAAACAGGCAGGUUCUACAUCUCCCAAAUGAAGUGGUAUUUUCCCUCACACAGGCAGUCUCCCACUGGCUGUUGCCAAGAGAAAAUACCUGCUUGUAUGGGGAGGUAUGCACAGGAAGGAAUAAUACAGCAGACAAGUAAUGGGGCUUGCAAGGCAUGUUGCAAACUCUCCUUCCAGUACCUGGGGACUCUCCAGCACACUUCCCACACCAGAAGAGAUCCAGGGAUAUUGGAUUCUGCAUUUUGUCGGAGCCUGUUAGCAAACAGCUGUAGAUACUUCUCACAUCUGUCAUGACAGGAUGGAGAGAUCUUCACGUCUCAGGACUAUCUCAGUAGAUUUAUGUCCUGGAAAUUUUUAAGAAAAUCACCAGCUAAACCUUGGCACACCUUGAGAUUACCUUGCUCUCUGGUGGAGAACAGGAAACCUCACUCCUGGUAAAGGCAGUGCCUGCAUGUCCUCUAACCAGUCUUACACCAUAGCAACAAUAACAAGCUGAUUGCUGUACCAUUGCAACCAACGUGGAUGGCAAUGAAGAGAUGUAUUGUUGCUUCAACAAUAGCAGAGAUUUGAUAACACAGAACCCAAACUUUAGAGUCGCCUGAGCACCCAGCUUCUUUCUUUGCCUCUGCACUUGCCAUCAGUGAGGCCACUCUCCAUUAAGUUUCCAAUACGUGUGAUUUAAAUAUUCAUAUAAGAUGUGUGCAUUAAAAAAUGAGGGUGACUUUUACAUUAAUUAUUAAUGGAGAUCUCAACAUUGGAUGGUGUUGGGCUUUUUGGAUGGGUGAAUAGAUGCGGUUCUGUAAGAACAGGCCCAAGAAACAGGAUUUUGCAAAGGGAAAGACUGGAGAAAAAGUGCUAGAGGAAAUACAUCCAUCACUUCCAGAGAAAUUAAAGCCUCUCAGGGAAUGGCAGCACACGAGACUCCAUUACGGUGGGAGUGAAGAGAAGGAAGGAAGGAUGGUGGAUCUCCGUGGGAUAAUAUGGUGUGUCCACCGAGUCAUGAAAGGACAUGGUACUUAGCUGUCCCCAAGGAAACGCCUCGCACCGGGGCCCUGUUAAGCACGAGUCUUUUAGCACCACUGCUGCUUUACUGCCUCUCAUGCCAGGUAGAAGUAACCUGCAGAAAAGGCUGACACGAAGAAGCUUGAAGUGAGAACCAAAUGACCAAAUCUUGUACUUGGAGCAGGAGCCACACUGAGUUUUAUGCGGCAUCCCGUCAUCCUAAACAAUUGCAAAACUGUCAGAUAACAAAAAUCAAGUUGUGCCAGCCACUCACACCAAAAUCCUGGCUCAGCAGAAGGCCUCUGCACACGGCCCUGGGGAAGCCACCAUGGGACAAAGCUCACCCCCCAGCACAGCCACGAAAGGCUGUGAGCUCAGCCUGUGAAACUGCAAAGCGCUUGUUUUGUUGUCUGUGGAUAAUGCUUUAAUCCACCGGGCAAAAGCUGGACGUUGCUCUCUUUUAUUUUGUCUGUAUGCAAUUGCAACGCUCAAAAAGAAAAGCCUCUCACCACACCCCCCGCCAUACCCACUGCUCUUCUGAACUGCUGACGCCUGGAUAGGCAGCUCCGAGGCGGGGCCAUUGGGAUUUAUUUAGUUCACUGCUGUAGAUGAUGCCUUUAGUGCCGCAAACUGCCCUGGAGACAAGCCCUAAUCAUCUGGGGGGUGAUUAUGUUCAGUUCUUCCUCACCAAACCCCCCAGACAUAAUUCAGAUCCAAACUGGAGAGACAGGCAGGCACGCAAGAGGGGACCCCAGCACCGUACAGCCCCCCCGAAGCCAUGUACAGGAGCAGCUUCCUCCGCGAGGUGCGCAAGGAGAAGUAUGAGCGGUCGGAUGCCUACGAUGAACUGCGAGGCUCCCCCGAAUUCGACAGUUUGGCCCAAGCCCGGGGCCUGGAGAACCUGCAGGAGCUCAACGAGCGCUUCACCAGCUACAUCAACCGGGCGCGUGUGCUGGAGCAGCGCAACACCAUCCUACGCAAGCAGCUGGAGACCUUCCAGCGCAUGGACGAGCUGGUGGGCUUAGACGAAGCCUUCGCUGGGCAGAUCGAGUUCAACCGCCAGCGAAUGCGGGAGCUGGCGUCCGACCGAGCCAAGCUGGAGCGGGAGGAGAAGGAUGCCCAGCGCAUGCUUGAUGAGUACCGCAACAAGUAUAGAAAUGAACGUGAGUAUCAGCAGAGGCUAAAAGAAACUCUUGAGCGCCUUAAUAAGGAAGCUGAUGAAGCACUGCUGUGCAACCUGGAGCUGCAGAUCGAGUCCCAGUUCCUACAGGAUGACAUUAAUGCCACAAAGGACAGAUACAAGAAGAACCUUAUGGAAAUCCAGACCUACGUCAGCGUUUUGCAGCAGAUCAUCCAGACCACCCCUCGUGUGUCUCCUAUAACCACUGGCAUAUGUGAAGAAAAACUGAUAGCGGAGAGGAGGAUCCCUGUUCUGCAGAGCCAGCUGGAGGAAUACAAGAGCAUCCUCUGCCAGCUACAGACACAGAAAUACAAACUGCAGACAGAGACAACCAUGCUGGAGCAAGCGAUUAAAAACACCCAGGAGAGUUACGAUGAUGAAAUUCAGCUUUACAAUGAGCAGAUUGAAAACCUGAGGAAGGGGAUAGAGGAGGCCGAGAGGACCUUGGAGAAGUACACGACUGACUGCCGCCAGCUGGUGAUCUACCAGCAGUCCCUGGAGAACGAGCUAGAACGGUACAAACGUAUCAUCGAGAAUGAGGACAGCAGGUUAAACUCUGCUAUAGCAGGAACGCCAGUCACACUCUUCACACAGAUCUAUAGACCUGUCCAGCCUCAGGCUUCGAGGGGAAGAGAUAUCACCCAGGCCAUGCAAGACAUUACCAGUGUAAAGCCCAGACAAAAAGCUCUGACAAAGAAAAUUGCCAGGAAAAAGGAGCUGAUGUCUAAAGACAUAACUGACGGUCUCUCGCCUGAAAGAAUGUAUGAAAGAACUCUGGAAGAUUUUGACGAAGAUCAGCUGGAGUUUAGGCACAGAGGCUCAGUCACAUGCGAACCUGAGCAGGAAGGAUUAGAACUUGAUGAAAAAGAGACAGGCCCAGAGGAUGUGCCUGAUGGAGCCCGGAUAAGUAAAGCCUUCGAUAAAUUGUGUAACAUUGUGAGGGAGAAAAUAAGAGUCUACAAGAGACCAGAGCCUAAACCUGAUGCCUAUCCCAAUGGGCGUUAUGUGCUGGUAACAGGGGAGGAAGGCUACGAAGAGCCUUGCAUCCUGGCCCCCUCCAUCCCAGCUGGGGGAGUGAUCACUGUUUCCACCAGCAACGGGAAGGUGAUGAACGGUGGUGAUGUGGAGCCCAUACCAGAGCUGCCAGAACCUGCUGAGCCAUCAGAAAAAGAGAAGGUGGGUAUCCGUGAAAGGAGGGAAGAGUUUGAACUCCAAGAAAAACAGAAAGAGGAAGACAUACUUGAAUGGGGAAAAAAAACAAGAGGAAAAAUUGAGCAAAUCACAAAGUAUGUGGACAUCUCUGAGACUGAGACAGUUCCUUCCCCUGGCCUGAUAAGCCCAACCGAGCCAGGAGUCCUUCGAGAGACAGAAUAUGACCGAGAAGAUAAGCAGAGCCUUUUGUUCAGGGAAGCAGGCUUGCCUGGCUCCAUGAGCUACGAGAAGGUGGAGGUGGUGGAGUCCAUCGAGAAAUUUUCAGAUGACAGAAUUCAGACAUACGAAGAGACAGCAAUGAUUGUGGAGACAAUGAUAGAGAAGACAAGCAAGAAGAAACCAGGUGACAAAGGCUCUUAAGUGACACACCCCCCCCUUGAUAGUCAACUUGUCUGGCAUAGUUAUUAAAUGACUGUUUUUUUUCCUGACUGAAUGAUACAGUAGUGAGAUUUUUGCUGUUUGGUAUGGAACAGAUUGAUACCUUGAUGGCCAUUCUGUCUGAUGUAGGAUCACCUUUGGUGCAAUGACCAUUAGAGUGCUCCAGGGCAACAAGUAGUAGGCACAUCCUAUGCAGCUGAUUUUUCAUGAUUAGGACAAGUUGAAAGUAAUUAUUAUUACAGAGCUGUCUGCCUUUCCACAGUAUCCAGGACAAAUUUGUGUAUUCCUCUACUGCUCCUAUAGCUGCCGUACGAUUCCCCAUCUCUCAGCUGCAAAUGUUAACUUGUGACAUCUGAUUCAUUUAAUAAAAGUUUUGCCUUCUACCGAAGAUACCCCCUGUGGGUUUGUGUUGCCUUGACCGUUGACUAACAGCCCCUACUAGUAAACAUCAAGUGACUCGGUGUGCAGGAGUUUUCCAGGGGAAGGACUGGAUGCCUGUUAAAUAAUCUAUUCCAAAUGUCUCUCAUUUACAGUCUUUAAAUAGAGAUGAGCUUGGCAGACUUUUCUUUUUGGACCUAAAGACAAACUCUCUGUAUUUGAAAUAAGCUCUUACUGCACAUCUUUUCAGAAUAAAACCUGAAAUUCCACCAAAGUGGGGGAUAACCUUUAUAAAAGAUAACAAAGGCAUUAUUUGUCCUUCACCAACAGAACUAAGGUAUUUAUGAAUGCCAACAAGCUUUUGAGCAGACUGCAGUGAACUCAAAAGACUGUGUUUUGGUAUUUUCUUGUUAAGUAUUUCCUCGCACUGUAGCAAUUUGCAGAGAUUAAUACUGCCACGGGAUCCUAGUGCAGCCUGCAGGGCUCCACAGGGUUGCUGGAACAAGCGGUGCCUUCCCACGUACCUGCACCUGGGGAAGCAAAAAGCAACACUUCUGCAACAGCCUCUUGCAGCUUCUAGAAACUUUCUCCUCAGAAAAAAAAAAGAAAAGAAAUCCUUCACUUGGGUACGUGCAAACGCUGAGCACUAUUUAAAGUGCUGAUGCAUCAUCUAGGCCUCAGCUUGACUUCAGGCAUACAAAUAAUCCCACUAAAGUGAGGUACAUACUGAUGUGCCUUGCUAGGUUGGGCUCUGCCCGUUCCUUCUCCUGUCCUAUCCCACUUCUCAAAGUUUCCAUUCCAUCUCUCAGCACUGUUAUGCCUUUUCCUUCUGGCUGAUUACUCCAUCAGCUGCAAAGGAUGGGACUAAAUGCCAUUUGAGCUGACGAGCCUGAGCUUCAUGACUACCUUCUCCCAUCACCUGAGACUUUCCUUCACUAUUGUGUUGGGGUUUUUUUCAUUAGUUCCAGAGCAGGUGUAGUACCUAAUCUGACUAUUAUGUCUGGUAAAGUGGCACCUUCUUCUUUGAAACAGGGACAGGUGACCCAUAUAGUCACAUUUUUAUUCAGGAUUUUUUUUGUUGAUGUUCUUUUAUUGAAAUGCUGUGGGAGUAUGCACCAGACAUGGCUUACUAGGGUGUGUGCUGCUUUUCAGUUUAAUUUAUUAACAGUGUAAAUAACCGCAGAGAAGGAAUUUAUCAAUGCGUAUGCAGGCUGCACUCUGGUGUGCUGGGAGCAAUGGCUCAGAAUAACUGCUAGUGAAAGCAGGUUUUGACUACUGCAAGUGAAAAAACCCCAAACCCUGCAGCAACAGGAAGUGUGGUUAGUAAUUCUGUCACAAAACGGGGUGUAAACACAUUCAAGCAGGACUUAGACAGAACUAAAACAGUUACCCUCCCCCCCCCCCCCGCCAUCUGAUUUCACUGCAGUACAGAGAACUUAACGUUCAGACCUCAAAGAACUGUAGUCAAUGGCAAGGAGGCAACACCUCAGGAGAGCCUGGGUGAGGUGUCCAGUGUGUGAAUGUCCCCCACUACCUUCAGUGUUUGGUGCUGUGGUGUCACCACUCUUUGCUGCUCACAUAGUUUUCUGCUGCUUGUACACCUUGUUCAGCAGCUGGGCACUAUAAAUAUCACUCCUAAAGCAGGUUUAGUGGCAUGUAUUGCUAAGUCACUUACUUACUGCAUUGCAUAGGCAGCAAUGCCGAGGUGCAAGACUUGAACCAAGCAUCACGGACGUCAAGGACCACGAGGAGCUAAGGCCUAAAUUCAGCUACGAUCACUGACCUGCCUUCCACAAAUGUGGCGGUUGCCCAGCAAGGCUACAGAUGGUGGCACCUUUCUGUAAAUCUCUAUGAAAAAUUAUAUAGAAAAAAACCCACUAGUAUUCUAUUGUUCAUAAUGCUAAUGCCGAAAGGUAUAGUAAAGCACAUGAUUUAUGGGCUAACCUCUGCCUUAAAUGCAGUUUCAAAUGUAAAUUCUCAGCAAAGUGUUUACAUGCUAAUGCUAAAGUGUCUUAUUAAAAUACUUGUGAGCAGCUACUCAGCAGCACCUGGGAUGAGACCCAGGUUAGUACAGAUGCGUUCUCACCUCUGUGGCACUCAGACCCAGACCAGGAAGUUCCCUGAACAGCUUUCACUGCUGCAGAUGUGGCAAGACAUUACCAAAAAAAAAAAAAAAACCAAA